CCGUCCCGCCGCCGCCGCUACCCUCGCCCUCCGCCGCACGCUCGCACCCGCCGCCCCGGCCCGGCCCGGCCCGGCCGCCGCCCCUCGCUCCGCUCCCCGACAGCCGCGCAGCGCGAAGAUGGCGGCGUUAAAAUUCCUGCUGCAGCCCCUGGGCCGCCGCAUCCUCCUGCCGGCCGCGCCAGGGCCGAGGUUUAAAACCAUUAUCCAUCAUCCCAUUGCUGCAGGCCCUACAAACAGGUUUGUCCCCAUCUUUCUCAUGAGCCUUCUUCAAAUUUGUGGAUGCUAUUUUUCUACCAGCUCUCAUCGCAACACCAAAUUUUAUACUGAUCCUGUUGAAGCUGUAAAAGAUAUACCCAAUGGGGCAACUAUACUUGUUGGUGGUUUUGGAUUGUGUGGGAUUCCUGAAAACCUCAUUGGGGGUUUACUGAAGACUGGAGUAAAGGGAAUAACUGCAGUCAGUAACAAUGCAGGUGUUGACAAUUUUGGACUUGGUCUUCUGCUUCAGACUAAGCAGAUAAAACGCAUGGUGUCAUCCUAUGUUGGAGAGAACGCUGAAUUUGAACGCCAGUAUUUGUCUGGUGAGCUUGAAGUUGAGCUUACACCACAGGGUACACUUGCUGAACGUAUUAGAGCAGGAGGAGCAGGAAUCCCAGCAUUUUACACCAGUACUGGCUAUGGGACGCUGGUGCAGGAAGGGGGUGCACCCAUCAAGUACAACACAGAUGGCACCAUUGCCAUUGCCAGCCAGCCAAGAGAGGUGCGAGAGUUUGAUGGCCGUCACUUUAUUCUGGAGAAGUCAAUUACAGGAGAUUUUGCACUUGUGAAGGCAUGGAAGGCUGACCGUGCAGGAAACAUCAUUUUCAGGAAAACUGCAAGAAACUUCAACCAACCUAUGUGCAAAGCUGCAAAGACAACUGUGGUAGAGGUGGAAGAAAUUGUUGAUAUAGGAGCAUUUGCCCCAGAAGACAUUCAUGUUCCCAAAAUCUAUGUUGAUCGUCUAUUACAAGGAGAGAAGUUUGAGAAGAGAAUUGAACGCUUAUCAAUUCGAAAGCCUGAAGACUCCAAAGCCAAACAAAAGCAAGGAGACAACGUGAGGGAGAGGAUCAUCAAACGGGCUGCUUUGGAGUUUGAGGAUGGCAUGUAUGCUAAUCUGGGUAUUGGAAUCCCACUAUUGGCCAGUAACUUCAUCAGUCCAGACAUAACUGUUCACUUACAAAGUGAAAAUGGAGUCCUGGGUUUGGGUCCUUAUCCACUUGAAAGUGAAGUAGAUCCAGACCUGAUUAAUGCAGGUAAGGAGACAGUGACUGUUCUUCCAGGUUCUUCAUAUUUCUCUAGCGAUGAAUCAUUUGCAAUGAUAAGAGGCGGCCAUGUUGACUUGACAAUGCUUGGAGCUAUGCAGGUGUCCAAGUACGGUGACCUGGCCAACUGGAUGAUUCCUGGUAAGAUGGUGAAAGGAAUGGGGGGUGCCAUGGACCUGGUAUCCAGCGCACAGACCAAAGUUGUCGUCACCAUGGAACACUCAGCCAAGGGCAAUGUCCAUAAAAUCUUGGAAAAAUGCAGCUUGCCACUUACUGGGAAACAAUGUGUAGACCGCAUCAUUACAGAGAAGGCAGUGUUUGAUGUGGACAAGAAGAAGGGAUUGACUCUCAUAGAAAUCUGGGAAGGACUGACAGUGGAUGAUAUCAAGAAAAGCACUGGCUGUGACUUUGCAGUUUCACCGAAAUUAAUACCAAUGAGGCAGAUUUAAAUGUGAAAUACAGGCUGAACUUAACUUUCCAGAAGGCUUGUUUCCAAAUGGGAGAAAUCGGUGACUGUUUUGCAGUUCUACUUUUUUUUUCUCUUUUCUUCUUUUCUAAGGGCUUUGUAAGUAGUUUCCAGAUAGUUAAGCUCAGGCUUUGACUAUAAGCCUAAAUUGUAUUCUGCUUUCAUAACAUUACCAAUUUUAAUUGAAGGGUGAAUAUAUUCCCUAAGUUUUGAAUCCUGUUAUACUAAAAUGUUAAUGAUGAUUGUAAAAAAAAAAAAAAAAAAAGCCUUGUAUUCUGUCUGCCAAAUAUUAUGUUUUUUACACAGAAUUAGAAAACAACCAUGCAAAACUUAAUGAUUGCCUCUGUGUUUCCGGAUAUCUGUUGCUCUGUAACUGUGGCACUUAUCAUGUCCAUUCUCCUGUAAAGGUGUGGGGGGGUUUUUUGUGGAGUCAUCUAUAACAACUAUACAUAUCUGUAGAGAGACAUCAGGAAUAUGGACUUCCCUUUUCCUGAACCUUUUAAUCAGUCUGUGAUAAAACUAUUUACACUGGUGGAAAUAACUGGGACCUAAAUGUAUGUGCUGCUUCCACAGUUGUGAAACCUACACUUCCCAAAGUCCAACUGUGACCCUUUAUAUUUCGAUCAUACAAACCAGAAUGGGGCUGGUAUGAAGGAGGAACAUUAAAAAGGCUUUGUCCCCAUGCAGACAACUGGUGGCUGCACAAUUUCCCUCAUUAACUAUUCUUAUUCUCCAGAUGUAAUGCUUCUCCCCAGAUCCCAGUCAAAGGCAAAUGAAUAUUGUUUCUGGAGUGAGGUCUGUCCUUCCAGUGUUACACAGGGGAAGAGAAAGUGGACACUUUGAAGAUUCUUAUGAAGGGAAUACAGAUAGUUAGGAGUAAAAGCAGUAAAUCUGCACCACUUCCGAAUCAAGGCAAAAUGUAAAGAGUUUGGAACUCAAACUUAUAAUAACUAGAAUAAACACCAUUAGACAAUCAAAAUGAAAAGACAUUAUCUCAGAAUGAUUCCACUAUUUGGUGAAGGUCGUCUUUUCCCUGUUGUUAAUUACAAAAUUAUAUUUUGUUAUUUUUGCAAAUAGGUGAUGUGGUAGCAUUGGAUCUCACAUACCAAAUCAGCACAAUAUGUCUUUAUUAUACAGAGCAUGAACUGACUGGAAAUCAACAUUUACUAAAAUACAGUGUUCUCUCCAAGUAUAAUGGUUUCUGUCAUUUCUGUCAUUUGUAUAAAUAGGAGCACUUAAAACACUUCAGUUAAAAUAAUUCCUGAUAUAAUGUUUGACAUCAGGACUGGAGCAUAUUAAGUGACUGAAAAGCAUGUAAAAUGUAGAUACACAAAGUGUACAUAAUGCCUAUCAUACAUGUAAUAAGGAGUGUUGGGACAUGAUAUAGAAGGGCAUUCUAAUACUGGUGAAUGAGCAGUUCACCAUAAUCAGUGUGAGUUGUGUAAGGAAUAUAAAACAUUUCUCCGAAAUCAGAUAGUAAGAUCUUGCAACAUUUAGCUCCUGUACUAGCCUUUGUGCUGCAUUUUCCCAUUCUAAAAUAAGAAAUAGUUCGUUUUCAUGGAACAGUUACAGCAUUUGCCUUGAUCCACAGACAGGUUUUAUAGCAGUAAAGCUGUUUCGAUUGGAGAUAUUAUUUUGUAUAGGUACACUUACCCCAAACAAUUCUUUGAUAAACUCUUGUCAAUACCGUAACAGGUUAUACUUCAUCCCAGAAAGAAAUAAACAAAAUGCCUUUGUAAACACCGUUAUGCCAGUACAAAAGUGCUCCCAUAGUACCAAUCUGUAUGACUUGAACUUGUGGCUUCUAAUGGGUGGUAGGCUCUCAUACAGCCUGAAUUUGUAGGAAAGACCUGACACUGAGCCCAUGGGAAAGACUUAUGUUGUAGUGCUAAUGCCAUGAUUAACAUACACUAGUGAUAAGGUUGAUAGGUAAUUUGCAUUGAAGACUUGAAACUACAUUUAUCAGAGUGUUCCAGUAUACCUUAACCCAGCAUGUUAAUUUUCAUGUUUUCCCUAUUUGGGUGUAUUUCCUGUGUUUCUCAUUCCAAACAAGUUAUUUUCUUAAAACUUUGGCCAUUUCUGUUGCUGUGGGGGUGGACUGAAGUUCUGCUUACAGAGGUUUUACAGAUUAAAAAUCUGUAUAUAACAAAGCCUGACUAUUUUAGCUCAGUCUAAACAGUUUUGCUUUUGGAUAGAGCAGCCCAGAGGCCUCUUCCCCAAUCCAUACAGACAGUUCAGUGGCAGUUCUUCUGUGUACAGACCCUUGUGGUUCUGUACACAGCAAAAGGUGCCUAUCUUUGCCUUCAGGGCCAGAGAUGGGUAAAGAGCUACUCUGAGGGGAUAGGUGUCAUCCCUGAAAGUGUUUCAUUCAAAGUUCUCACAGGUAGUACUCAGAAUGGAUACUGCUUUUAGGGGAGGAGUAUAAAAACUGUUAUACAGGGGAAGGGAGUUACUAUUAACUUAUUCAGAGGGGAAAAAUAACAAAAAAAAACCCAAAACAAAACAAAAAAACCCCCAAAGAACGCAAACAUUUAAAUAGAUGUGAACAGGUCUUUAAGAAAUCUAUACAUGAAAUGUUGAUCUAUUGCUACAGUAGCAGUAGGACUGAUUAGUUAAUUACAGUGAACAUUUACUGACAUCUGUAAAGGAGAAGUGUCUGAGGGCAGGAUCAGGUGUACUCUGCUUCUGCCUAGAACUAUGCUUUGCUGGCACACGCACAGAAGCCAUUGUUGUUCUUAACAUAUGGCUGUAAAAAGACUAAUGACCUGGUAAUGUCUGGGAGUUCAAUACCUUGGUUUCUGAAUCAAAGAAUUAGGAGCCAAGAACUCCUUAUUUUCAGCUUUUGUGGUUUUCCACCUACUGCCUUGUGGAACGUCUGCUGUGUUCUCUGCCUUGUCUCCUGUUGCUGGAAAAGGGGAUGUUUUAAUUUCCUACCUCACAGGGAUGUUGUGAGGAAUGAGAAGCUAAGGUCUGUCUGUGCAAGAGGUUAUCUUUUCCUCUUCAGCUUGAUCACUUGAUCAAUAGUGGAGAAGAAUACUUGUAGACUGCCAUACGUGCUGUACAUUUGAGCUGUGUGUCUUAUAUGUAUCAGUGUUAAUGCGAGAGAGAAGAAGUAUAUGGUGCUGAAAAUUGGGGAUAAAAGGAGAACAGGCUCUCUCCAUAUAUAGCAGUGAUGCUGUAGCAACAGGAAACAAGGUAUGGAUGUCACAAUGCAAUUUUUUUAUCUUGAGGACAAUAGAUGUGCUAGAAUAUUGGUAUUGUUAUGAAAAUGUCAUGUGUCCGCACAAGCUAAUUACAACAAGCUCCAAAUCCACUUUUUUAACUCACUUGUCAAGCAGGAUUAGAAAUUAAAGCACUCCUAAGCAUUUCCCUCUCUGUGAACACAAGUGUGGCUCAUAGGUAAGGCAUACUCUGAGCAAAAGUUGCAGUGAUUAGUGUUGCAGGGAUGAAGGUUUAUUGGGACAUCACUGAAAUCAUUCCCUGCUUGACAGCACUUCACAAGACAAGGACAGUUGAUACUCUUUGUCCAGAAGAAGAUGAUGAUUCUACUGUAUUAUCACAUUGGACUUAUUUCACUUUACAUUUUAUUGAUUUUUGUCCUUGAAAAAAAGAAAAAAAAAAAGGGGGGGGGAAUAUUCUAGAAAAUGUAGUUGUACUGUAAACUCUGCAAGUUAAACAUCAAAAUCCUUCUAUGUAUUUGCAAAACAAUAAAGAUGUAAAAUCUCA